ACUAUAUAUAGAAAACUGAAAGUUGAGAGAAUCUAAGCAAUAGGUGAGAUAUGAUUGGGUAUUUUCCUUUUCCUUACUCUGCAUUUCCUAUUUCAUUACAGAUUUAACCCCAAAGAUAAACCCUUCAUCUCCGUCACUACAGUUUUUUCACCACCACUACCACCGCCACUGUUUCUUGCUCCUUUCAUUGAGGGGGGAAGAGAGAGGGUAGCAGGUGCGCCAAACACCUCACAAUAUUCACGCCACUCACCUCUCUCUCUCUCUCUAAAAUACCUUGAAACCCUUAUCAUCAGAUCCUAAUCUUCCAACAUCAGUCCUCUUUCUCUCUCCCCAUAUCCAUUGACGACUUCGACUCAGUCUCUGGUUGUCUCUACAGAUUUCAGGGAUUAAUGGGGCAAAAGAAGAAACCCCGAAGUGGUCAACAUGAUAAGCGGGGUGCAACCCGUUCUCAGAGGACUGUUUCAGAACCAAACAUUCCAAGUAUUGAGAGUGUUGAUGAUAAAGUUUCAGUUUCGAAAGAGAGGAAAAUAUGUGCCCAUCUUGAAAAGGGUAUUGAUUUAGACAAGUUUUCUUCAAAAAUUCGUUCUGCGGAACCUGUUAAGUGUCAAGAUUGUAGGGGAAGUGCGGUCGAUAGGCGAGGAAGGGGUAAACAUGGGAAGAAGAAAGAAGGUGGUUCUGCAGACUCUAAAGCCAUUUGGGUUUGCUUGGGAUGUGGAUAUUUUUCAUGUGGAGGGAUUGGACUGCCAACCACUCCUCAAAGCCAUGCAGUUCGGCAUGCCAGACAAUCCCGUCAUCCCUUGGCUGUGCAAUUUGAAAACCCUCAUCUUCGAUGGUGCUUCUCGUGUGAAGCACUCAUUCCUGUUGAAAAAUCAGAAGAGAAUGGUGAACGAAGAGAUGUGUUAUCUGGCAUUGUGAAAAUGAUAAAGGGGCGAUCAUCUGAAGGCUCAGUGGAGGUUGAGGAAGUUUGGUUUGGGACUGGCAGUGUUACAAGCGAAUUAAAAUUAGAAAAGGAUUACACAGUAUCAAGUAGUUCAGAUGGAAGAGGUGUUUAUGUUGUGAGAGGCUUGGUUAAUUUGGGGAACACUUGUUUCUUCAACUCAAUCAUGCAGAAUCUAUUGGCGAUGGAUAGAUUGCGAGAUUACUUCAUGAAGCUGGACGUUUCUGCUGGGCCUCUUACUGUUGCUCUGAAGCAGCUUUAUAAUGAAACUAGCCCGGAGGCAGGCUUGAGAAAUGCAAUAAAUCCGCAAUCCCUUUUGGGUUGUGUUUGUGCCAAGGCUCCCCAAUUUAGGGGAUAUCAGCAGCAUGACAGUCAUGAGUUACUCCGUUGUUUACUUGAUGGGUUGUGUUCGGAAGAGUUGAGUUCAAGAAAACAAGCUAAUUCUUCUCAGGAAGAUGGGAUAUCUCCAAAUCAGGGUCUUCUUUACGUAGAUGCUGUCUUUGGGGGCCAAAUCUCCAGUACUGUUUGUUGUUUGGAAUGUGGACACUCCUCAACAGUGUAUGAGCCAUUUCUAGAUCUCUCACUACCUGUUCCAACUAAAAAACCUCCAUCUAAAAGGGCCCAACCAAUCUCCCGACCCAAGAAAUCAAAACUGCCUCCAAAAAGAAGUGAAAGGAUUCGGUCAAAAGUUAACAGAGAUAUUACUGUAUCAGCUCCUGCUGUUUCAAACUCCCAAAAUAUUGGUAAUUCUUCUUGCCAAAUACAGUGUAGUGUUCCUGUUGCGGGAAAAGUGGUGGCUUCUUCGGAUGAAUCUAAAUCGCCAGAAUCCAUUGCCCCAAGUACUGCAGACAAUGACAAGGGUGCAAUUUCUCAUAAUUUCUCAGCUACUGGGGAAAUUGAAAACAAGCAAUUUUUUGAAAAGGUUACUGAAGAAACGGGGGAUUCAUUGGACAAUUUGUCAUGGUUGGAUUACCUUGAACCAGAUAUUGCCUCAAAUGACUGCAAUAUAGAUGUUCAUGGGGGGGCGACGAAUGAUCACAUUAUGACUUCACAAAAUAAUGAUGAUUCAGUAAUUCAAGAGUCUGGAAACAAGGUUGCUGUUCAGAUUCAGAAUGAAGUCUUAUUGCAUAAUGAGUUGGAAUCUAGUAGUCAGGUUUGCUCACAUUAUAUGGAGAAAACUGUUGCUUCACCAGCUGAUUUGACGUUUUUGGAUUACAUUGAACCAGAUAUUUCUUUAGACAACCAUGACAGGGCUUCACAAAAUAGUGGUACGCCAGUGAUUCUAAACACUGGAAAUGAGGAUGCUGUUCAGAAUAAUGUCUUUUCACGGAAUGAUUCAGAAUGUAGUAGUCAAGUCUGUUCAUUUUAUAUGGAGUCAAGUCAAAACGUGGAUACAUUGGGUAAUUCCCGGGAAGAUGAGCUCCCAUUACAAGUUCAAGGUUCUGAAGUCUUGUUGCUCCCAUACAAAGAAGAGACUUCUACUCCUGACGAGAUGUUAAGAGGAGAAGGUGAGGUCUCCUCAUCAGCUAUUGGUUAUGAACAAGAUUCGUUUGAUGGUUUUGGAGGCUUGUUUAAUGAGCCUGAAAUUGAUGCAGCCCUUAGUAUGAAACCUUUGUCAAGUGAUAAUAAAUUUCAGGCUAAUGAAGUUGCAGAAACUGGUUUUAUGGAUGGACAUAGUAGCGAGUCUGAUCCGAAUGAAGUUGAUAAUACUGAUUCUCCAGUGUCCAUAGAUAGUUGUCUGGCUUAUUUCACCAAACCAGAGCUUCUCUCCAAUGAACAUGCGUGGCUUUGUGAAAACUGUUCUAAAACUCUUCUAGAGCAGAGGAUGAUAUCAAGAAAAAAAGAGAAGAUUCCGAUGUCAAAGAAUGGAAUAAUUGGAGGUGAGGAUAGAAUACAAAGUGCUCCAUCGGGUUCAGGCAAGGAGUGCUCCUCUCAUACUGAGGUCGGUAACCUUAGUAAUGGAAAUAUUAAGAGUGAUGGAUUUGGUGCUGUUGAUGAAAGCUUGGUGUCACAUAAUGAGAGCGUUGAUAAUAAUGAGAACUGCAUACUUGAAACUGGUCAGAAAGCUGAGAUAAACAGUGUAGCUUCCCAGUCGGAUGAAAUGAACAAUGCACUUCCAGAGUUAUCAGAGUCUUCAAGUAGCUAUAAAACUUGUUGUCAAGAGAGUUUUAAUGGUCAAGCCAGUGAUUCUUGUAGUGUUCAUGAGCCAAGGAGUUCUGGUUGCAAUGCUGAUAAAGUUCAGCAGAGGGAAACCCGGUUGUUUGCUGGGGGACGUGAAUCAGAAGGAAGUGAAGAUGACAAGACAGAUUCUGAGAGCGUGAAAGUGAAGAGGGAUGCAACUAAAACAAUCCUCAUUGAUAGGGCCCCACCUAUUUUGACCAUUCAUCUAAAGAGAUUCAGCCAAGAUUCUCGUGGUCGCUUGAGUAAAUUGAAUGGCCAUGUGGAUUUCAGAGAUGCUAUUGAUCUCAGUCCAUAUAUGGAUCCCAGGUGCACAGAGAGAGAGAGGUACAAAUACCGUCUCGUUGGGGUGGUGGAGCAUCGGGGGACAAUGAGAGGAGGUCACUAUGUUGCAUAUGUUAGAGGAGGUGCAAAGGGCAUGGGGAAGGCUGAGAGAGAAAAUGGAAAUUUCUCGUGGUACCAUGCCAGUGAUGCUUAUGUGCGAGAGGCUUCUUUGGAAGAAGUUCUUCACUGUGAGGCCUACAUCUUAUUCUAUGAAUUUUUUUGAGAAACAGCUCCUCUUCGCAUUCUUUUUGUGAUGUUUGAAUAGAAUUUGGGAAUUAAUCCAAGCACCCGCACAGGAGGGUACAACAAUUAUUGUACCCAUUUUUUUGAUUCAGAAAAGAGAGAGAGAGAGAGUACAACAAUUAUUGUACCCAUUGUUUUGACUUGGAAGAGAGAGAGAGCGACAGCAAUUACAAAAAUAUUGAUACCCAUUUUUUUUUGUUACAAUUGCCAAGAAUCUUUGCUAUAUAUAUUAUCAUCACACGAAUCAUUUGUGGGAUGGUUUCUGCAACUACUUAGUGCCGAAACACCAGGUUCAUUUGAUUUGUCAUUCUCUGUAUAGCAAGUUUUUAGUUGUUCAGAAAUCAGGAUGUGGGAAAUAUGUGUUUCGGAUGAAGGUCAGGCGAAUGAUUUUUCUUAACUGCAUUUGUCCAACCUAUAGCUGGCGGAAAAUAGAAGCCGGAAAUUGAUCUGUCCUGCAAUUCAGCUAGUGUGAAGCUGUUGGCGCUAUUAAACGAAGGUACAGAUAGAAGGCACUUUUUUCUGAUAUACUCAAUGAUCUAACAUACUGCAAAUGAUCUGAAGCAGGGAUGUGUUCAGUCCCAGAAACAACUUGCAGGUCUUGGACAGAUUCACUAGGGCAUUUACAGCCAAUGAGCCUUGUCCAUUGCCAAAAGCUUGAGAUGAUGAGAAGCAAUCAGAUGACCGGUUCCUGAUGCAACCAUUGUCGUGACAACAGCUCUGUGGCAUGUUUGUCUGGUCGUGGAAGCUAGUAGCUGCCUCAGUCAAAGGCGGGCUAACUACACCUGUGCGGAGUCAAUUUAUAUUGGUAAACAUUAUUCUCUAUCUGGAUGGCUAGGGUUUAUACUGAAAUUUUGUUGGUCGUCAAGAUGAUAAGAGUUGGAGAAAUUGAAAAUACUGAGGUCUGGUUUAUUAUGUCUAUCUACAUCAAAGAGAUGAGAAUGCACUCAAAGUCCAACCCAUGAAUUUCAGUAUGAACAUUUCCGGUGGACUAUCAAAUGUUUGAACUAUACUUUCACUACAUCUCACGAAUAAGCUCUAGUCUAGAUGGAAUAUGCUGUUUGCUUGAAGUUUUGAAAAAAAAAAAAAAAAAAAUAUCACUGCAUCGUUCCACUGUGGAAUCCCUAUGAAGACAAAAAGUGUCACAGAGUCCUAUUAAGAUUACUUGUUAUGUAGGUUGGUCCAGAAAGCCAUAUUACAACUGCUGGUUAUGUAUUUUAGUGGUUGCCUUUUACUUUAAGAAUACUAUUUUUACAAUCAAUACAGGGACUUUGGUCCCUUUCACACA